AUGUCUUCACAGCCUUCAUCGAGCAAUUGCAGACAAUCUGUUGGUUAUUCCGCGGGUAAAUCAAACGUUGUGCUUGCUCGUAGGAGGAGAACAGAGCUCCGACGGUUGAAGGUUUUGUCAAAUACAAAUCACUGUUUAUCCAAUAGGAGGCGAUUUGAAAACACCGAGAAAGAACACAAUGACGAUUUUACUUACCAUUCGUCGGUGAUCGGGCGGAUGAGAGAGAUGGAGGAUACUGCUUGUCGUGAGCGGUUACACAAGCAAUUGGCGGAGGAGAUGGAUAUAGGAAAUAGAAACUCAACGGAGGUGAAGUGGGAAAAUUUGAUGGUGGAGAGUUUUAGUAAGAUGGAUAAGGAAGUGAAUGAAACUGACCUUGUCGAUUCCAUGGGCUCCACCGCUGUUGUUUCAGUGGUCAGCGAUAAAGAAAUAGUGGUUGCCAAUUGCGGUGACUCAAGGGCUGUUCUUUCAAGAGGUGGUGCCACUUUGCCGUUAUCGGUUGACCAUAAACCAGAUAGACCCGAUGAGUUAGAAAGAAUUGAACUUUCAGGAGGAAAAGUGAUCAACUGGAAUGGGCUACGUGUUCUUGGAGUUCUUGCGACUUCAAGAUCAAUAGGCAACAGGCAACUAAAACCAUAUGUAAUUGCCAAACCUGAAGUUACUGUGAACAAAAGAGAUGAUGCGGAUGAAUUCAUGAUCUUAGCUAGUGAUGGAUUAUGGGAUGUCAUAUCUAACGAUUUGGCAUGUCAACUUGUGCGAAAAUGUCUUGAUGGAUGGACUUGUCGAAGAAGAUCGGUCAACAAACACCAUAGGAGACUGACAAAUAAUGCAGCUGUGUUCUUAACAGAAAUGGCAAUGGCUCAUGGAAGCAAAGAUAAUAUAAGUGUGAUUGUGGUCAAUCUUAAGCGUUAAAUAUCUUGAUGAUAGACGUGGGUGGUGUCUUUAUUAAAAGAUACGGAAUAGAUAGAGUACAUUGCUAUUCUAGGGCUGUCCAUUAAAGUUCAUUACUCUUUUGGGUUUCACUGUUAUUAACUACUAGAAUACACGAAGAACAAAUUAAUAUAACAAAAGUUUAUCGGC